UCCGAGUACAUAUGCCGUGAUGUCUCUCUGCCAUUCUAACCAUCACCAACUACACUUCUGGCAUUAAUCUCCACUUCACUUCACUUCAAAAUGCCCAACUCAGUACAAAUUGGCAUAGUUGCCUUCUGCAUCGUCAUUCUCCUUGCCAUGCUCGCAUGGGCUUUCUUCUGGCCUCACAAACGCCACAGAUACGGAAUGGAUAACUCAAAAAAAGCCGCAAAGAAGCGCUCGCGUACCGCUGGGCGGUCGCACAGCGAUAUCGAAAUGCAUCCAAAGAAUUGGGAUGACGAUGACAGUUUUUCAAAGGUUGGAAAGAAGAGAGCAAUGCCCGUGUAUGAAGUCGAGAAGGAUGAAUCUACAUGAGUGUGGUUGUGCUGUGGGCAUGAUUGAAGGAGUUUGAGAUUGUAUCAUACAAAUCUCAAACAAAUCUCGAUCUCUCGGUCGAGGAUGACAAGUCAAUAUUCGCAUCUUCAGAAUAUCAAACAAUCAAGCAAGACUCUUUUUACAAAAAUAACUUUCAUGA